AUGGAAGACCAAAUGACGAUACCAAGCUUGCAAAGAGAAACCCUACAGGUGAAUACUAGUCCAGUUAACAAAGACGAAGAAACAGAGACAGCAAUGGAUUGUAAAACUCCAACCGGGUUGGAACAUAAAAUACCAGAGAUGACUUGGGAUUGCAAGACCCCUACUGGGGAGGAACACAAAAUACCUAUUUUGAACACUUGCCCUCCAGCUCCAGGUCCAAGGUGGCUUCUGGAUUCUCUCUCGGAGAAAAAGAAGGCGUCAAAGACGAAAUCUAGGGCCGAACCAAAGGUAAUAAUAUUGCAACCUUUCAAGGCAUCCAAUUCCCAAGAGAAAUAG